UGGAGUAAAAUAUAAUAGGCGCAACGCAACAAAGCUCUACGAGUUUGCAUAUAUUCCUCGAUCGUGGAUUUGCCGGGAACUUGCUCUAUCUUUGCCGCCCAUAUACUCGUCCAAGGUGAGAAUUAUCAAGUCUCCCUGGCCUGCAUAUAUAUGUAGAUGCAUGUCGUCAAAGCAGCCACAAACCACAGCCCACAGGUCACCAGUGCAAUGCAAUCCGAGGAGUACGUCUAGCUAAACCAUCUCCUUGUUCCACGGCAACAGUCAAGUCGUAAGGGGCAGCUGUGCUGCAAGCUUGCAGAUCGUCGAGCAUGUUGGAGCCGGUGCUGCCCAGUGUGCUGGACCUCCUCGUCCACGGCUGCCUCAUCGUGUCGGUGUCAUCUUUCCUGAUCAUGCUCGCGCUCCAGCCUCUGCUGCCCGGCGGCAACGUGGCGACGGCCGCGAGCAGGGGCGUGUGCUCCGCGUCGCGGGCGGUCCUCGUGCGCCUCCUGUCCGGCCGGAGCGACGACGGCGACGGCGACAACGGCGGUGGCGCCAUGGCUGUGGCGGCGGCGCCCCCUCAUCCUCGUCCUCCUCCGCGGCGGGGUCGGAGCCGACAUUGUUGCGAGCGGUGCGCCGCGUCGUCGUGGUCGGACGUCGUGGCGGCCGUGACGGCAAGCCUGCGCCUGGAUGACGAGAAUGAGGAGGAGGACAUUGCGGCGGCGGCGGCGUGCGGCGGGUGCGCGGCGAUGGCGGCGGUGGAGGAUCUCCUGGAGCGCAAGGAGGCGACGGAGCAGGAGCUGCGCGAGGCAUUCUACGUGUUCGACCGCGACGACGACGGCUUCGUGGGCGCCGGGGAGCUCUGGAACGUGCUGCGCCGCCUCGGGAUGCAGCUGCCCGACGGCGCCGCGGCGCGGGAGGACUGCUGCGCCAGGAUGAUCGCGGCGCAUGACGCCGACGGCGACGGCAGGAUCAGCUUCCCGGAGUUCAGGGCCAUGAUGGAGCACGCGGCGUGAGUUACGUAGCCAGCUCCCCCGUGACGUACACGUAGAGCACGCGUUUGGGAAUCGAGAUUAUUUUCGUUGCUGUAUAGUAUGUGCAUCACCGCGUAAGUGACAUGCACUAGUCGUGUAGUUACUAGUAGUCGUAGUACCUAGUACUGUAUUUUUUUUUUAAUUUACUUGGCUGCUAUUUUACGUUCACAGACGCAAUGAUGUUUUGAUGAAUAAUAAUGUGUUCAGAUUUGAACUUUGAAA